AUGGGAAAGUCCAAGAACAGCAAGAAAGGGAGCCAAAAUGGGGACCGGAACUUAGUCAAGCAACGCAUUCGAGCUGCUCUUGACCGAGACAACAAGGACAAAUUUAUUGGAAACAAUCGGGAGCUCGUCGUCUAUGUCCGAGGACUGAUUCUUGGGCUGGCCGUACAGGAUCCUCUGGUGGUUUUUCCGUUGGACGACCCAAUGGAGGAGACUAAUUUUUUCAAUUGGUAUUGUGAUUUUACUUUCGAGGUCGAGCCCCGUUUACGACUGGAAUUACAUCCUCUGGCUAAAGUGUGGGCCAUUGCGGUUGAACUUCUAGGCCACCAGUGGACCGACCCCGACACGACAACGAUAGUAAUGGAAGUGGCUGAGCGUCGCUCAGCAGCCAAGGGCCGAAAACGUGAGCGUGAUCUGGACCCAUCAACGGAACAAAAACCAGCUCCAAUUGACCCUCGCUCUCCUGUGCGAGGGUUCUUUCCGGAUGCCACCCCAAAACCAGUUCGCGACUCUGUUGCCCCCAAUAAGGAUGAUUCGGUGAUGAUGGACACAACGGGUCCAUCGGUAAUUAGCCCCACCAAUAAACCAGUCAACGGCGACUUUUCUUAUUGGUCCGACAACGAUGGGUCGGAGUCCGUUGAGUCGGCUCCAGACUUUUCGGCACCAUCAAAUUCGGACCAACCUCCUACUGAAGUGGUUGCGGGAAAGUCACCUGCCCCAGCUCAGCGGGCCAACGACCCCCCGGCAACAGUAUUGAUCGACUCUCACUUGUCAAAGACUGAGCCUCCCAACACUCCUCGCCUCACAGAAGAAGGCUGCUAUUUGGACCAAGUACCUCUCUGA